UGCGCACUCUCACUUUGUGCCAUAUUGGAAUGAGGUCGUGAACGACUAGGCGGAAAAAGACACGGCAUCUAAAACCGACUUGAAAAACUCCUCACUGAAGCAGUUUGAUUGUCCUUUGGGGGCUUCAAACAUGAGCCUUGAGGCGCUGGAGUCUGAUGCAGACUCUGGUCAGGAUGUGUCAGAGUUUAACUGGGACGAUUACCUGGAGGAAUCCGGGGCACUUUCUGUUCCUCAUCAUGCCUUCAAACAUGUGGACCAGGGCUUAGAGACAGGUCUGACUCCUGGUAUGAAGCUGGAGGUGUGUGUGCGCACUGAAUCCGAAUCGGCGUACUGGGUGGCCACAAUAAUCACCACCUGCGGACAGUUGCUCUUACUACGAUAUGAGGGCUACCAAGAUGACCGGCGAGCUGACUUUUGGUGCGACAUCAUGACCGCUGACCUGCACCCGAUUGGAUGGAGCAAACAGCAAGGUCGAAUGAUGAAACCUCCAGAGGGUGUCCGAGAAAAGCACCAGGACUGGGAAGCGUUGCUGGAGAAAGCUUUGGCUGAAUCCUGCAGUGUUCCUGCCAGUCUACUGGAAGGGGCACAGCGUGGCUGUAAUCCUAUAGAUCUGUUAAGUCCAGGUCUAAAUGUUGAGCUUGUGGACCUUCAAGAUGCUGGAGUGGUUUGGUCAGCAGUGAUUGAGGAGAACAUUGGGGGCCGCUUACGGCUUCGAUACGCUGGCACAGACGGGCUCCCUGAAAACCAGUCCAUCACAUGGGUCUUCUACCUGGACCCCCUACUUCAUCUGUCGGGAUGGGCACAGGAGCACAACUGCACCCUUAGACCACCAGCAGCUUUGCUCCCUCUGCGCUCUGAAGCUGAAUGGGAGGAGGUGAAGAAGAGCGUCUCCUCUCAGGAGCAGGACUCCAGCAUCAGCGAGGAGUUUUACAGGGACAGAUCUGCCAUCACUCCGCACUGCUUUAAUGAAGGGAUGAAGCUGGAAGCGGUGGAUCCUGCAGCUCCUUUCACUAUCAGUCCUGCUACUGUGGCCAAGGUGUUUAAUGAGCAGUUUUUCCUGGUUCUGAUGGAUGACAUGAGAGACGAGGCACAGAAAGAGGGAGUUGCACGCUCUUUCCUGUGUCACCGGGACAGUCCUGGCAUCUUCCCCACACAAUGGAGUCUGAAGAACGGAGUCAAGCUCAGUCCUCCUCCAGGGUUCCAAGGUCAGGAUUUUGACUGGGCCGACUAUCUAAAGCAAUGUGAGGCUGAAGCGGCCCCACAGCAAUGCUUUCCUCCGGACCCAUCCGAUCAGUGCAUCAAAGAGUCCAUGAUGCUGGAGGCCGUCAACCCAAUUUGUCCUGAAAACAUCCACGUAGGCACUGUUACCAAGGUCAAAGGUCAACACAUGUGGAUUCGAUUGGAAGGUCUGAAGCAAGCCAUGCCAGAGAUCAUAGUUCACACAGACUCCAUGGAUAUUUUCCCAGUGAGCUGGUGUGAGACAAAUGGUUAUCCUCUGCUGCACCCCUGCAAGCCCAGAGUGGAGAAACAGAGAAAGGUUGCAGUUGUUCAGCCAGAAAAACACCGAGUGCCAUCCAAAGACUCUUCACCUGACACUACCAAACAACAGAUGAACAACAGUCAGGCAGAGAUCGCAGGCCAGGCCAAUGGGAAGUACUGCUGCCCUAAGAUCUAUUUUAACCAUCGCUGCUUCUCUGGACCUUAUCUCAAUAAGGGCCGCAUCGCAGAGCUGCCGCAGUGUGUGGGACCCGGGAACUGUGUGCUGGUGCUGAAGGAGGUGCUGACGCUACUGAUAAACUCUGCUUAUAAACCCAGUCGAGUGCUGAGAGAGUUGCAGCUGGACCAGGAGGGUCGCUGGCAGGGCCAUGGAGAGACACUUAAAGCCAAGUACAAGGGGAAGAGCUACAGAGCGACAGUAGAGAUUGUUCGCACAGCAGAUCAGGUGGCUGAUUUCUGUCGGAAGACCUGCAUUAAGCUGGAGUGCUGCCCAAAUCUGUUCGGCCCACGGAUGGUUCUGGAGCGCUGCUCUGAAAACUGCUCUGUGCUCACCAAAACCAAAUACACGUAUUACUAUGGAAAGAAGAAGAGCAGGCGUGUGGGUCGACCUCCCGGUGGACACUCAAACCUAGAGGGAGGAGUGAAGAGACGAGGCAGGAGGAGGAAGAGGAGGAAGCAGCUCUUCGUCCACAAAAAGAGGCGCUCAUCUGCUUCAGUCGACAACACUCCGGCAGGUUCCCCUCAGGGCAGCGGCGAUGAGGAAGACCUGGAUGAAGAUGACUCUCUGAGUGAAGACACAGGCUCUGAGAUGCAGGACGAGCUGAUGGACGACUCUGAAUAUUCAGAGAAGAAGUCGCAGCCGCCCACUCCCUCCCCCUCACCUCCAGAAACCCCCCGUCCCACACGCAGACGACGCAAAGCUCGCUCACCAUCUUGCUCCGACGAUGAGAACAGACCUCCGUCACCCAAGAGUCCACGUACUGAAGUUCCUCAGAAGCUGUGUUUGGACAGCAGUCCACUGGAAUGGAGCGUCACAGAUGUAGUGCGCUUCAUCAGGACCACUGACUGUGCUCCACUGGCCCGCAUCUUCAUGGAUCAAGAAAUUGAUGGCCAGGCGCUGCUCCUGUUAAAUCUCCCAACUGUGCAGGAGUGUAUGGACCUGAAACUGGGCCCUGCGAUCAAGCUGUGCCAUCACAUCGAACGGGUCAAGCUGGCAUUUUACCAACAGUUUGCCAGCUGAGGAUGACAUUCUGCAAAGAAGAGUAGGGCGUUUGACUUUUUGGCUGACUUUACUAAUAUUGUGAUCUUCCUUUUGCUCUAUGGAAACCUUUAAAAUCACUUAGCGCUCUAGACGCCUCCCCGCACCAUUCGUUUUCUACACAGCAGGCACAGUGGGGGGCAUUUUUUUCAACAGGGUGAAUCUGGUACUUUUACAGCUGGGCUCUUCAUUUCGAGACUGGGCUGUUGUCUUUUUUUAAGAUUGGUUGAGCUCAGGGUAAAGUUAAACCUGGGUGAGAGGAACUAGUCCAUGUAUUCAACAAUAAGCAAAGCUAAACUUGUUUCUGAAACCUAUAUGAACUGUAGAGCGGAUGACAAUGCAAUUACCUUAAGCACAAAAAAAACAAAAAGCAGUUGCCCUUCUACUGUAAGCGGUAUGCAAAUGUGUACAUACAGGAGUGUGAAUGUAAAUAGUGUAAAUAAGCAGAUGUUAAUUUUAGUGGGACUGCUUUAAUGCUCCCGUUUCAGUUUGGUUUUCUAUUAAAGCUUGGGAAUUACACUGUAAAACAAUAGUGCAAACGAACGAUGGUUUCUGCCAUUGUGGUUUCUGUAAAUACUAAUAAUCAUUUGCUCACUUGAAUGAUGCAUUAUUAACUAAAAGUGCAAAGUAAUAAUAAAAAAUAACAAUGUGUUAUGGUUAAGACAUAAGCACACAAAUAUUUCAGGUUACGUCAAUGACUGUGAUGGGGAUAGAACAUUCGUUGUGGCAAAUCCAGGGUCUAUCAACACCAAAUUGAAGAGUUUUGUACUCUUAGAAACGUGUCUGCUUGAAAAAGUCAUAUUUUUAAUAUCAAACAGAAUGCAGCCGCUGUUGAAAUGCAAAUACUGCAUUGAAUGAUAUCAGGGGCCUCUGUGUUGUAAUCCUCAGUUUGGUCUUGUAUUGCAAAGCUGUGCCCCUCACAAACAGAAUCUUUAGAUUUUUCAUUGAAGGAUUGUAUUUGAAUUGACGAUGAGAUAUGCAACAGUCUGCCUUUUUUAUUUAACAGCCCAUCCCUGUUCAUCCUUCUACAAGCAUUUCUGCUCGAAUGUUGAAAAAAAAAAAGUUUUUGGAGCCUCGUCUUGCCCCAUUUGUUCAUUUACUGUUUACAUCGGUUUGAUUAAAGGUUGUUCAAUUAAUGUCAGUUUACUUUUGAUUAUUCGUUGGUGGAAAUGCUAUUUAAAAGAAAAUAAAAUGAACAGAAUCUUG